CAACUAUGCUCAUUUACAUUAGCAGCCAUCCAGUAGCGUACGCAGGGGGGGGGGCAGGGGGAGCGGCCGCUCCCCCUCUGGCCAUUUUCAUCAAAGUGGCGCCUUUUUGGAAACUUUUUAAACGCAAAGAUUUAAACAAUGAUAUUCGUUAAAAAAAUAUUUUUGGUCGGCACAUCUAUUAACCAUGGAAGAUAACCAGAGUAACAGUAAUGAUGAAGAGUCUGACCAAAUGGAAGAAAUUAUUACAGUUCGACCAAUACCAACACCUAGACUACAAGCAUUCCAGAAUCAGCACUAUAUAUUAGGAGACUGGACAAAACAAAGCCAUGAUGGCAUACUCUUCAAAACAAAAGAAAAUGGGCCAGAACUAUCACCACAGUCUUUAUUUCCCCCAAUAAUUCCUCUUAAUGUUGGUGGACAUCUCUACAUGACCAGACUUUCAACACUACUCAAAUUUCCUGAUUCUAUGCUCGCUGCCAUGUUUAGCGGGCGUCAUAAAAUAGAUAAAGAUAAAGAUGGAAAUUUUUUCCUGGACAGCAACGGUAUUGUGUUUGAGUAUAUCUUAGAAUACCUCCGCUAUGGGACAUUGCCACCUAAUGAUAAAAUGACAUACCUAAUAUUUCGAGAUGCUAAUUAUUAUGGAUUGCAUGACUUGGUUGAGAAGCUGCAACUUAAACCCGAGAUUGCAUCCCUUGCAGUGAAACAGGCACAAAGAGCACAGUUUCCAGAGUAUGAAAUUGUAAAAGAACAAGUAAUUAAAGCAGCCAUGAGCCGUGCCUCCAUUGCUCGCAUGGGUGAUGUAUAUAUUUAUGCAUUUCGUAAAGAACUCAAGUCUAAAUUCUCUGCAUUAAAUCAAAAACAUGGAUGCAUAGUAGAAACAGCUCAUGUGACUGUUGGGCCAUGGGAAGCACCUGCUGAUGAGGACACUUUAAUCCGAUGUCUGGAGAACGACUUGAUAGAAGAAGGCUACAACUUGAGGCCUCAUGAAGGAAAGAAAAAAUGUAAAUAUUUUGGCCAAAGCUGUCACAAAUUUAUUUUUAAAGUGUCCAUUAUCUUUGAUUGACACAGGUGAAUUUGGUUGUUGUGAUUGUUACUAUUUUAAGUAUUUAUAGACAUGAUCAUCAACAAUCAAUAAUAUCAAUAUCAAGUUUUAAGAAGUUUUAAGCCAUGCCUUGUAGAUUUUAUAACCAGCUAAGCAUUUUAAAAACCAAAUAAUUUUACAGUGGGAUUAGAAAAGCAAUAGUAUUUCAUUUAGAUUGUAAGUAAUACUCCGUAAUAGUUUCAAUUUUGAUGACUGUUUCACUUUCCAACCAGUUUCCUUUAAAUUAUUUAAUUGAUGAAGUAUUGAACCAUUUAUGUUGUUUUGGUUGCAUGAAAAGGAAAUGUGUUACCAUUAUUAUUACUUGUAUGAUCUUUUUACUUCUGUACCUAUGAAAAUUAAUUUUGCCUGUGAUCUCAUUUUAUGAUCUUUGUUAAUGUUAGUGUUUUUCAUUAUACAAAAGGGCACCAAUGUAAAUUUCAGCCACCCCGAUAUUCAUGUUUCUAGCCAUAUCUAUGAAAUUGUGAGUAGUUUCAAUUAAAAAGUGGAUAUUAUAUUUGGUGUGUACAAUUACAAUCGCUGUUUCACUGACUGUGUGAUUUAUUUAAAUGUUUUCAAAAUAAAAGUACCAAGUCACUUCAAGUUGAAAUAAAAUGUC